AAUGAAGGGAAAUACAACCUUCGCCAACGACGCAGACUAUUUCCUGAGCAGCCUGCUGGUUUUUUGGGUGGAUUCAGUCACCACCUGUUUCUCUCAUGGCGCAGACACACUUUGCGUCCCCGUUGGGAUCACGAUCCUUUCUGCGCUGCUCAUGCUGCUGUCGUGUCUUCUGGUCGUGUAUCAGAGGUGCACAUUUCGAGGAGAGUCUUCGGGAUGGUCGUUGAUGGUCUUGUACUGCGUCCUGGGCAGCCUUUGCAGCACAGUGGGGGCCAUCAUGUCCAGACAGCCCCAUAUACAGGUUUUCAUGAGUGCUUUCACUGUUGCCACUGAUUCUCUGAAUUGCAUUUUGUGCUGCUUCCCAGUGCUCCUGUGCUGGAACUCCAAAGCACAAAGGAGGUUGAGGAUGGCGAAGAGGCGCAGGAGACAGCAUCUCCUGGCUGUGGGUGUGUUGAUGGUGGUUGCAGGUGGUUUUCUGAAGUCCAGAGUUGAUGAUCCUGCAGCAUUCAGGCCCAUCAAGGGCAGGAAACUGCUGCGUGUCCCUCUGCAAAGCUCCGUUUGGAGUCCUGUAAUGGACAACGGUGACAUCCUGGGUUAUGCACUGGGACUGCUGUCGUUUGUCAUUUCCUGUACUUCCAGGUUUCCUGCUCUCUGCAGAGCGAGGAGAGGACAGAAGUUGGUUCAGGUCCACUUUUUCUCCCGACUGCUGUGCUCGCUGUCCGGUGGCCUCUACACUGCAGCCAUCCUCCUCUCCGACACUGAGUUUUGGUUUCUUUUGAAAGUCAUGCCAUGGCUUCUAUCGUCAGCAGGCUGCGCCACCCUGGACCUGCUUAUAUUAGUCAUCCACUUGUGGAAAAGAAGAGCCAGACAGCAGUUGAAGUUAUUUUCUCCAGACACCGAGAGCCUUUUGGGGGGCUCUGGCGCCCACAAAGACGAUACUACUGUGAUGAAGCAACAAAAGAAACUGCAGAAACCUUCAUCAGCACAAACAAAAUAUUCAACCUUUACGUCAAAGACAAAAAAUGUCCAGAAGACGGCUGAGAUGGGCCAUUACAUGGAUGUCAGUGUUCAUCCGUCAAGAAAACAUAAGGCACUUAAAGAAGUUACAUUGUCUAAGGAAGGUCUGGCGGAAGGGCUUCUCUGCAAGAAGAUGCGAGUGAUCAGAGUGGACAGUCUCUGCUCGUCAGACACGUCUUACGACUCUUCACCAGUCAGCUCGGACCUGGAGUGGGAUUUUGGAGCAGCGAUUUCACAGUGGAGUAAACCAGGAGCAAAACCACAGGAGAAGGAUGAGUUUCCACUUCAAGACUGGCCAACAAACCCCAAACCCUUCAACAUCUGCACAUGCUCCACAACUGAACCCUCACAGAAAACACUGCAUGCUGCAGAGGAGGGUGUCCCUGCUGUAAGCUGAACUAUCCUUCACACAUAUGCAGUGUAUUAAU